AAAUAAAAAUGACAAGAUGGAAGACACACUUAGUCCUUUCUCCUUCGCGGAAUAUAUCCAAUCCCAUUUCCAGCCCUUCUCCUUCCAAUAUGCCACCCUUUCACAACCACCUUCCACCAAUUAUAGCUACCUUAUUCCUAAAAUUGUGCAACCCUAUGAAUAA